AUGAGCUCCUCUUUCCAGCCGCCCAGUCCGAUUCCGCCCAGGACAAGCUCUGCGAAUGCCUCAAAUGGCCCGGCGAGCCCGCCCUCACACCGGCACCGAAAGUCGGUCGCCGACAGCGAGGCGACAGGCAACGGCAUAUCGUCGAGGCUGAAACACAAGCGCAACAAAUCCAGCGUGGAUGGCACCAAGUACAAGGACGGGACAUGGUCAUCCAAGAACGAGAAGAUCCUCAUAGGACCCUACGACUACAUGCACCAGCAUCCGGGCAAGGAUGUGCGCAAGCAACUCAUCCAGGCGUUUAAUUCCUGGCUCCAGGUCCCACCCGAGAGUUUGGCGAUUAUCACCAAGGUGGUCACAAUGCUACACACGGCGUCCCUCUUAAUCGACGACGUCGAAGACAACUCCGUUCUCCGCCGUGGAAUCCCCGUCGCCCACAACAUCUUUGGCACCGCGCAGACCAUCAACUCCGCCAACUACGUCUACUUUCUCGCCCUACAAGAAAUUCAACAACUGAAUAACCCGGCCGCCAUCGACAUAUACGUGAAGGAGCUUCUGAACCUGCACCGUGGCCAAGGCAUGGACCUUUUCUGGCGGGAUACUCUCACUUGCCCCACGGAAGACGAGUACCUCGAAAUGGUGGGCAACAAGACUGGCGGCCUCUUCCGUUUAGCUGUAAAGCUUAUGCAAGCGGAGAGCACAACGGGCAAGGACUGUGUCAGCCUGGUGAACGUCAUGGGAUUGAUCUUCCAGAUCUGCGACGACUACCUCAAUCUUUCGAAUACUGCAUACACCCACAAUAAAGGGCUCUGCGAGGAUCUGACGGAAGGGAAAUUCUCUUUUCCCAUAAUUCAUAGUAUUCGCUCGAAUCCUGGCAACCAUCAGCUGCUCAGCAUCCUCAAGCAGAAAACCCAAGAUGACGAGGUCAAGCGCUACGCCGUGCAGUACAUGCAGAGUACGGGCAGCUUUGCGCAUACGCGUCAAUUUGUUCGGGAACUACGUGAUCGCGCCUUGACCCUGAUCGAGAUGAUCGAUGCGACGCCCCAGAUCAAUAAUGCCGGUGAUGGAGAAAUGGUGCGCGCUGUUUUGUACAAGAUUGUGGACUCCACCUUGUCAGAUGAGACACAAUAA